ACCGGGACUCGGGCUUCCUCCUCCUUCAGCGGCAGGAGCGGAGGCAGCCGGCGGGGCAGCGGUCCGAGCGCACCCAGACCCGGGAGGAUGGCCCAGGCCAACAUCUCCGUGACCGAGAGCCAGUUCCGGUGUCCCAUCUGCCUGGACGUCCUCAAGGACCCGGUGUCCAUCCCCUGCGGACACACCUACUGCAUGGCGUGCAUCAGCGACUACUGGGACCAGGCGGAGGCGGCCCAGUUCAGCUGCCCCCAGUGCCGGGAAGCCUUCAGCCCCAGGCCGGUGCUGCGGAGGAACACGAUGCUCGCCGAGGUCGUGGACAAACUCAAGCUGAGCGAGAUGGUCACGGAGCCGGAGCUGUUCCUGGGGGGAGUCGGGGAGGUUCCGUGCGACUUCUGCCCGGCGGAGAGUAAGCUCCGGGCGGUCAAGUCGUGCCUGGUGUGCCUGGCGUCCUUCUGCGAGCUGCACGUCCUGCCGCACCGGGACGUCGGCACCCUGCGGCGGCACAAGCUGGUGGCGGCGGUGGAGUGUCUGGCGGAGCGGCUCUGCGCGCAGCACCGCCUGGGGCUGGAGCCAGUCGGCGGAGGCUCCGAGGCCGAGGCCGCGGCGGAAUGGAGCGGGGACUGCCUGCUCUGCGAGGCGGACCAGGAGGAGGUCCACAAUGUGGAGGCACAGAGGACCCGGAGACAGCUCCAGCUCCAGGAGUGUCAGAGGAUGGUCCAAGGGAGGAUCCGGACCGGAGAACGGGAGCUGGAGGAGUUUCAGCAGAGUCUGGAGUCCCUCAAGGUGUCGGCGUCAGCUGUUCUGGAGGACAGUGAGGCUGUGUUUGCUGACAUGGCGUUGCGUCUGGAGAAAACCAAGGCGGAGGUCCGAUUGAGGCUGGAGGCCAAGGAGCGUGCGGUGGUGGGGAGGGCAGAACGAGACCUCCAGACCAUGGAGAAGGACCUGGAGGAGCUGAGGAGGAGGGACCAGGAGAUCAGCCAACUCCUGCAGACGGAAGACAGCAGCCAGUUUAUACAGGCGGCGCCGCUGCUGUGCGUCCCCCUCGCCACUGGUCGGCACUCCCGAGCCCUGAGCAUGCCCACUGAGGCCUUCAGCGGCGCCAGGAGAGGCUUAUGCCACCUCCGCAGUCGAAUGGAGGAGGUCUGCAGGGAGGAAGUGGACAAAAUCAACCGAGCAGUGAAUGAAAACUACAUAUCUGUUGGAGAGUGUGUAAAAGGUGGCAGAGCGGAGAACUCCAAACCUCAGCAAACACAGACGACUCUGUUAGAAACCAGGAGGGUGCAGGUGGCGUUCCCUCUGUCCUCGUUGUCUCUACAGCUGGCUGAUCAGAGAAUGAGGGCGGCUUUCCUCAGGUUUUCUUGCCGUUUGACCUUGGACCCCGACACGGCCCACCCCACCCUGGUUCUGCUGGAGGGGCCUCAGGGGGCCCACUGUGGGGAGGAGCCCCAGUCCUACCCCCCCCACCCUCAGCGCUUCGACUCCGUGGCUCAGGUCUUGUGUAAGGAGGGUCAGUUCGGUGGCGCCAGCUACUGGGAGGUGGAGUGGCGGGGCGGGGGCUGGGUGGACAUCGGCGUCACAUACCGCGGCAUCGGGCGCAAAGGCGGCGGGAAGCCGUGCCUGCUGGGACGCAACGAGAACUCGUGGCGACUCCGGUGCACUCACGCCGGAUACGCCGCCUGGCACGACAACCGCAAGACCACGGUGGCGGCCCCGCCCUGCCCCCGCAUCGGCGUGUUCCUGGAGCGCCAGAAGGGGGCGCUGUCCUUCUACAGCGUGUCGGACUCAGUGGUGCUGCUGCACACGUUCCGCUGCCCGUUCUCGCAGCCGCUGUACCCGGCGUUCCGGCUGGACCUGGACUCCACCCUCCUCAUCUGCCCUCAGGAGGCGGGCAAUGGAAACCCCGCCUACCUGAAAUCCUGAUUUUUCUUUUCAGCGAUUUAUGAUUUGACUCCAUUUUUUUCUAGUUAAAGGCAAAACUUUAUUUAUAAAUGUACUUUCUUCACUAAAAUUAUAUGCCAUAUAUGAUUGGAAACACACAUUCACAAUUAAUAUAUGACAAAAUAUGACAAUAUAUGACAAUAUAUGAGGCAAACUGGUUGCACUUGAGCAAGAAACAUCUCGGAGGUACAAACUCGAUUUUGCGAUUUAGGCAUUUUUCACGAUUUUCUGAAAGCAAGACGUUCAUUCAGUGAAUUAAUCACAGCCCGUGUUCAGUUCAAGGACAGAAAGAAAAGGAAAAACAAACACAAUUAAAACACGUUAAGAGUGAAUUGUUUACAGAAUGAAGUCCUAUCUUAACGGCUACUGUUUUAUAUCCGAUUGAUCAGUUCUUUAUUUUUGAGGAAAAAAACCUAAUUUGUCAGAUUUCUGUUUGUGGAAUUUCAGCAUUUCCUGUUUUUUUUUUUUUUUUUUUUUUAUGCCUUUAUGGUAGUAAACUGAAUAUCGCACUGAGGAUGACAUAAAAGAACGUCUUGAACUUCAGGACAUUUAACACUGUUUAAAAAACAAAACAACUAAUUGAUUAAUCGAGAAAAUAAUCAGCAGAUAAUUGACAAUUGCAUCAGAGCCAAAUUAAUACUUUUUAAAAUAUAUUUAUUUCUUUAGAUUAUAAAAAUAAAACACUAAAUUAUAAAACUAACAUGAAUAUCAGAUCCAAAAUCGGUUGACCCCUAUUUUCUUUUGUUUUGUAAAUUAUCAAAACUCUUUAUGACUAAAAUACUGUAAUACCUCUACAGUUUCCACUCUAGCUCUGUUUAUUUGUUUUUUCCAUAAAAGCACAAGUGAUGCUAGUGACA